UGUCUUUCUUGUUGUUUUUAUAUCAGUAUAUUUUCGUUGCUUCUAUUAUACAUUGCAUAUCUUUUUAUUUAAUUAUUUCUAUCAUGCCUCCCAAAAUUAGGAAGUAUGAUUGUGGCUAUGAAAAACGUAAAAAGAAAAAGAGAAUUGAAGAGCUCACUCAAUCACAAAGAGGAGCUCUUGAUAAGUUUGUUGUUAAAGAAUCACAUGUUGGUACUCAAAGUAAUAAGAAUGUGCUUGUGAAUGAUGAAGUAGCCUUGGAUGAUAAUUGUGUUAAUCCUAAUGAUAAUGUGCCUUUAGAUAGAGAUAAUAUAUCUUUUGAUGCUAAUGUGCCGAGUGAGAAUGAUAUUGGUGGUAAUGAAAAUGAUGUUCAUGCUAAAAAUGAUAAUGGUGUGAAUGAAGAUAAUAAUCCCGUUGAAAAUAAUAAUGUUGCGAAUGAAAAUAAUCAUGGCUUGGAUGAAAGUAAUGACAAUCAAUUUGGCCUUGAUAUAUUCGAUCCACGAAAUUGGGAUACUCUUAAUUCUAAAAUGAUUGAAAUGUUAGUAGAAAAGGGACCAAAAGAGACUUGUCUAUUAUAA